AUGGAGGAUAUCAUACAAGACAAGAGACAUUUCAAACAGACAAAGAUUGGCUGGGUCAAACCAUCACUGGCCCAACUGAAGGAGACCAAGGGAAAAGGUGAGGAUCCUGGAGCUGCUGGAAAGGAAGGAAAGGAUGCAAAGAAUGAUGAGCUACCAAUCCCGAAGCACCGAAGCCCUGAGAAGGAAGUGAAGUCUGCACCAGCGAAAGCCAAGAAAGACUGGCGAAUCGAGGUACGAAAGCGCUUGACCGGAAAACUUCGUGGGUAUGGCACACACGCCCUGGUGGAGUCCUUGUCUUUGCACCUCCGUGUAGCAGCUGGGUAUUCCUGUCACGAUCGGCCGAUCAGCUUGAAGCUUCUGAGGGAAGCUCUUGCCAGGAGUCACCAGCCCACCCUGGUCAAGAAGACUAUUAACAAACGCACUGGUGAAGCCCAGGUCACAGGGCAGAAAGGUGGCCUAGCUAAGUCUGCCAACUACCCACUGCAGUUCGGUCUAGCAGUGGCAGGGUUGGAGAUUGAAGUUGCCGAUUCUGAUCCCAAUGAAUUUGAUCAUGGUGCUAUCGAUGAUCUUAUCAAAGGGCGCAAACAUGCUGCAUGGCGCUUCUUGUGA